GUUCGUGAUCUAUGUCUUUGUCACCUAACCUCUCAAAAUGCGUCAAACAAAACUGAUUAAAAUUAUAAUAAAUUGAAUAAAAUUGAAAUAUAUUUUUUACCAAAUAUGGAAGAUGGGCCGCCUAAAAGAGGUCGGGGACGAGGCCGAGGUGGUCGUGGAAGAGGUAGAGGAAGGGGUCGUGGGAGAGGAAGAGGUAAAAAACCCGUAAAAGUUAUAGAAAGCGAUGAAGAGGUAGAACAACAACAGCCUCCAGCUGAAGAAACUAACGACGAAACAAAAAAUCAAGAUGAAAACACUGAAAACGAGGCACCUAAAAUUGAUUUGGAGGCUGAUAUAUCACAACUGGAGGCUCCAACAUUCACCACAAUUAAUCGAGGUCCACCAGAACCUAUGCUCAGGCUGGACUGGAAUCAUAAAGUGAAUUUGAUGGGUGAAAAGGUUCUGAAUCCUAUGAUCCAUUGCUGUGAUAAGUGCUUGAAACCUAUAUUGAUAUAUGGGAGAAUGAUUCCAUGUAAACACGUAUUUUGUCUUGCUUGUGGAAAACAAGAUCAGAAACAAUGUCCAAGAUGUCUAGAAAAGGUUUCAAGAGUUGAGCAAACUGGGUUAGGCACAGUUUUUAUGUGUACUCAUGGAGGCACACGUUAUGGAACCUCUGGAUGUAGAAGAACCUACCUGUCACAUCGAGAUCUUCAGGCUCACAUAAAUCAUCGUCAUGUUUCUAAUAUUGUCACCCAACAGCCACAGCAAGCGAUGGAGGUUACACAGGAGGUUGAACGAACUCAACAAUCUAGGUCUAAAAGUGAUCCGAGAGGUGGUAUUGUUAUUCCAACUUCGACUAGAUCCAGACCAACUCCCAUACAGAGUAGUGGAGUACGAACCAAUUUAAUAACAGUGCCGAUUCAAGAUACAGCACCUUCUCAGACUCAAAUUCACGAAACUCCACCUUCAUCCCAUGCAUUUUAUAACCAGUAUCCACAAGCUAACAGUUACAGCCAAUCUUUACCGCCAAUGCAUAUUCCACCUCCUCAACAAAACCAAUAUUAUACCGCUCCACCAGCUUACAGUCCAGCCCAACAACACUCUUAUCCGUAUGUAGUAACAGCCCCCCAACCUUCGCCAGCUUAUUCGACAACUCCUGUUCAAACUAGACCUGGAACCCAGUUCGAUUAUACAACAGCUCCCCCACCUCAGUGGAACAAUGCACAACAAUAUUACAGGUAGAAAACUAUUUAUCGUUUACCUUCAAUUAAUUUUAAAUAUUUAUAAUGACUGAUAGGAUCAUUAUUAUCAAUUUAUUGUUAAUUAUGGAGAUGUAUAUAAAUUUGAAUUUAUUAUUUGCAAUAUUUUGUUGUCAGUGUGUGGAAAAUACAGAUUAAUUAACAACCAUAA